AUGCAAGUUUUGGCUCUCAAACAGAAAGUUUUUCGUGUCUGGUGCCCUACUUCACUUUUCAAGCUGAUGCUGAUCCAACUCAACAAAAAACAACUGCCUCUGUUCCCAGAAGAUUCUUGGUUCUGUGCCAAGGUGCAAGUCAGAUCUCCAGAGGGACACACCUAUACCUUUCCUGUCUACCACUGGAUCACAGACAGUGAAGUUCACUAUUUUCGAGAUGGAAAAGCUCUGAAAAUCUAUGAAGACAAUCAGAAUCUUGGAGUCUACAGUAGGAAGAAGGAGCUGAAGCAGACAGCAGAGGACUAUUGUUGGGAUGUUUAUAAGGAGGGGAUACCUCAUUGCAUCAGAACGGAAGGUCCACUUUCACUGCCAAGUGAGGUCCAGUUCUCCUUCACCAAGACAACAGAGUUUUUCUUCACUGCAGCUACAGGGCUGACUGAGCUCAAGCUACAGGGGCUGGCUGACUGCAAGGAGCCUUGGCAAAAUAUUGAUGACAUUCACCGCACGUUCUCCUGCCACCAGACUGCCAUAUCAGAUUAUGUCGAGGAACAUUGGAAGGAAGAUGCGUUUUUUGGCUACCAGUAUCUAAAUGGAGUCAACCCCAUGUUGAUCCAACGCUGCAAAGCCCUGCCAAAGAAUUUCCCUGUCACUGAUGAGAUGGUGUUCCUGCAUGGUACAAAAUGCCUGGCUACAGAAAUGCAGAAUGGCAACAUAUUCCUGUGUGACUACAGUCGUCUAGAUGGACUAGAAACAAACACCAUCAAUGGGAAGAAGCAGUACUUAGCGCUCGUCCUGCUACACAAAACUCCUGAUGACAAGAUGGUGCCAAUCGCUAUUCAGCUGAAGCAGAAACCAGCAGAAGACAAUCCAAUCUUUUUGCCAACUGAUUCUGAGUAUGACUGGCUGACAGCAAAGCUUUUUGUCAGAGGUGCGGAUUUCAAUGAACAUCAACUCAAUGUUCACCUGCUGCGCACUCACCUGCUGGCUGAAGUUUUUGCAGUGUCAAUGCUUCGCAACCUACCCAUGGUGCAUCCUCUCCACAAGCUCCUCAUUGCUUACACUCGCUACACUCUGCAGAUCAACGUCUUAGCCCGAACUCUUCUCAUAUCAGAGGAUGGAAUUUUCACAAAGUUUGCAGCAUCUGGCGGAGAGGGAAUGAUGACCUUCCUGAAGAGAUCACUGUCUUCACUCACCUACACCUCACUCUGUAUACCAGAUGACAUCGCCGAGCGUGGUCUGGAGUCUGUGCCGAAAUUCUACUACAGAGAUGAUGGGCUCAGAGUUUGGGACAUCAUCCACAGGUUUGUCCAGGGAAUACUUAAAUACUACUACAAGAGUGACACUGAUGUCCAGAAAGACUCUGAACUGCAGAAGUGCAUCAGUGACAUAUUUGAACGUGGCUCAUUUUCACGAGAAAACUCAGGAAUUCCCAUGAGUUUGUCCACUGUGGCUGAAUUGAUCAAGUUUGUCACCAUGGUGAUUUUCACAUGCUCUGCUCAGCAUGCUGCUGUAAACUCAGGACAGUUUGACUAUGGUGGCUGGAUGCCCAACAGCCCCUCUUCUUUGCAACAUCCUCCACCAACAAAAAAGGGGACAACAAGUGAAGCCACAAUGCUGCAGACCUUUCCUGAUGUUAAUGUAACAGCUCAAGGCAUGGCCACUGUGUGGCUGCUCAGCCAUCAGUCCAGCGACUUUGUUCCUCUUGGAAAUUAUCCAGAAGAGCAUUUCACAGAGGAGAUUCCACUUAUGCUGAUCAAGGAUUUCCCGGAAGAGCUUGAAAAUUUGAGUGUAUUAAUCAAACUCAGAAAUAAGCGUCUGGAAGUCCCGUACACAUACCUGGAUCCAGCACAGACAGAAAACAGUGUGGCCCUUUGA